AUGGCCCUGCUGAGCAUCCGCGCGCUCAAGGCCACGGGCGAGCGGGCCAUUGUGCUUGGUGGCUGGUCCAAAAUGUCUGCGGACUUCGAGGGCGAGGCGGAUUGUGCUGAACUGGAGGCCUACUGCAAGGAGAAAGUGCUUUUCAUGGACACAGCCCCCCACGGCAUCCUUUUCCCACGGUGCAAAGUCAUCGUCCACCAUGGCGGGGCUGGGACGUUCAACACCUCGGUCCUCAGCGGCGUGCCCACAGUGGUGGUGCCGAUUUUCCUGGACCAGUUCCAGCAUUCCGACAUGGUGAACGAAAAGGGCUUCGGAGUCGGCCUCAAGGCCAUGGCCUCCGCCACUCCGGCCGAGCUGGCGGCUGCCAUCCGCAAGUGCAUUGACACACCGGAGAUCCGUCAGAAGGCUGCGGCCAUGGCCGAAGGCAUGGCCAAGGAGAAUGGCGCUGCGGCCUUCGUGCAGCAGAUCAAUCGCUUCAUGGAGGAAUACGUGGACACAGGGCGCUACCUGAAGGAGCGCGCCGAGCUCCGCGCGGAGAUCAAGGCCAAGAGCUGGAGAAACCAGGCUUUGAAGCUCCUCGCGCGCUGCUGCCCUUGUGGCGAGACGGAGCAGAGCCGGAAAGAGGGCGCUAGCUGUGAGCUCCCACACUCAAAAGAGUCCGCGGGACGUCGCGCAAUCAGGUCCCAGAGCGGCUUUCUGCGAGCGGAGACAAAGAGGUUUGAGAACUCAGAGGACGUCUUCGGGGGAGAUGCCGACAAGUUGCUGAAGUACAUGAAGGUCCGCGCCAUGCGCGAUCACCCUUCAGAGCGCAGCGUGCUUGGCAUCCGAGACGACAUCAGCGUGGGCGGGCCGCCCGCGGAGUCGGGUUUGCAGGUGAAGCACGUCGCAGGGCAAGCCGUGGAGCCGCGCUUGCCGGCGAAGCACAUCGGCCCGCCCAUCACUGGGCUCGAGUCCACUCCGCCUCCUUUCAGCCAACCCGAAGCCUGCUUGAAGAGCGGGCAGCGGCGCCUCUCCCAUCUUUCGGCGGCCUCGGGCAGUGUGCUGGCUGCGUUUCACGGUGGCGAGGUUGCUCGGUGGUAUCCGGACGAAGAUGAGUUUGCUCUCAUCGACUUCGGCCGUGAUGUCAGCCGCCUGUUGCUGGACCCCACUGGCUUUCACGCCUUGCUGACAAACAGCGGUGGGGAGACGUGGUACCUGAAUUUCCAAAGUAACCAGGCCAAGCCCCUGCCGAAGCUGAAGGGCCACGUCUUGGAGGCCGCAGCCUGGGAUCCGGAGGCGACGACGACCAGCACCAGAGACCUCCUCCUCGGGACUCGGGCGGCACAGAUCUUGCACGUGGUCAUUGAGGGAAAGGAGCGGACGGUGAAGUCGGUGUUCGAGUUCGAGCGGCCUGCCCCAGUUGUGGGUGUCCAUUGUGAGCGGGUCUUCUCAUCUGCAGAUGGACUGGAGCGGCUACUGCUCUUUGCCGUGUGCGGUUGCCGCCUUUAUGCCUUCAUUGGCACAUCCCUGGAAACCUUGUUUCAACGGCAAGGUGAAGCUUCGAGAGCCGUUUUCGAAGUGCCCCGGGAGUCGCCGUAUGGAGAUCUACAGGUGGACGAUGCUUGCGUGGGCCCUCCGGGCACGAAAGUCCUUUUUUGGAUGACCGGCGUCGGGGUUCUUGCUGCAAAGAUCCAGCCAACCAUCGAUGAGGAGGAAUCUCCACCUGGGUUGAUUGCAUUCCCUGCUGCCAACAAGAUCGCGCCGCGCGCCGAUGCGGGAAGCCUGGUGGCCUCGAAGUACCACAUCCUCUUUGCCUUCGAAGAUCGGUGGGUGGCCGUCAGCCGGAUCACUCACGAAGUGGUUCAGCAGCAAGACUGGGCCAUGUCAACGUAUGGACCGCUCAGAAGCCUUGCUAGGGACCAGCAUGGCGAGAGGCUCUGGAUCUGUUCCGAGCGGCAUGCUUUCGAGCUGCUCAUUGAAAAGGAGGACAGAAAUGUGUGGGCAUUGCUUUUGAGGCUUCAGCAAUUCGACGAUGCCUUGGGGGCUUGCAAGAAGCAAUCUCAUCGGAUGCGGGUCCUUGCAGCCCAUGCAGAUUGGCUGUUCCGAGAAGGGGAGAGCAUCCAAGCAGCCAGGAAGUUUGCUGAAGCCACUGCUGUUCCCUUUGAACAUGUGGCCCUGCGAUUCCUUGGUGCAGGUAUGAUGGCAGGGCUUGUGGAGUAUCUCCGCUGUCGACUCAAGCGCGCAGACGACCAGGUCACGCGGGCGUUGCUGUAUGUUUGGGCUGUGGAGAUUUCCCUUGCAAGUCUCAACGCCGCGGGCUUCACGGGCAAUUCCGAGCCCAGGGGUGAAGAGCGGCAUAUACUGCUGGACCUCCUGAAAGAGAGCCGUGACCUAGAUGUCCAUGCGACCAUUUACCACCUUUUGCAAAGCCACGGCUGGUUAGAUGAGCUGGCCCAGUUUGCCGAAAUGAGGCGGGAUUUCACGACAGUGAUCCUGCAUCACGUCAGCCGACGAGACUGCGGCAACGCCAUCCAGAAGCUCGCGGACUUCAAGGGCUCUAGUGCUUCAGAGCUGGCGUGUCGCUUUGCUCCAGUUCUUUUCGGUGCUGAGCCCAAAGCCUUUGUCUCGCUGCUGUUGCGGCCACAGCUUUCAAGCGUUGAUCCGCUGCUCGUCCUGCCGGGCAUCUACUCACCCACUGCCUCAGCAACGCACAGGUUGGAGGCCAUGCGCUAUCUGGAGCACGCGGCCCGCCACACGAUGGAGCUCUCUGGCCAUGCAGACGUGCGGGCGAGCUCCUUCCGCACAGGAAGCCUGUUACAUAAUCUAGCGAGCUGCGUGGAUGAUGAGGGCGCCGGUGUGGCAUGUCAGCGUUAUGGUUGGGCUACGGGCACUGCCAUACUCAACACGCUCGUACUUUGUUCUGCCCAACACCUGGAAGACAGCCCUCAGGAAGGGGAGGCAAUCUCCCCCGCCGACGCCGUUUUGAUGGGGGGAAGCGAUGGGGAGGGUUCCUUGCUAAGCCUUCUGAGAGUCGAGGAGUCCAAUCCGUUUCUGGAUCCCCAUUUUGCCCUUCGAGUCUGCCGCCAGAGGGACUUGGUCAAGGCUCAGGUCUUCCUAUACGGGCUUAUGGGCAUGCACGAGGAGGCCGUGGGCGUGGCGCUUCAACAUGAGGAUGUCGCGCUAGCAAAGCAGAGUGCCUGCAAACCUUCGUCCCAGAAGACACGUCGAAAGCUGCUUACUUCUCGAACAGCUGCUGUUGGGGUUUCCUCAUUCAGUAGGACUCAUAGUUAA